UCACAAGAUGAUGUGGAAAAAAAAAUACUGUAUGUAGUGCUGCCCUCCUCCGGCCUAGUCAGAAAUAUUGAGUCUGCGCUUCAGGGAAAAUGAGUGAAUCACUGGUCGUCUGUGAUGUGGAUGGAGACUUAGUGAAAAAGCUAAGGGAGUUCCGCUUUCGUAAGGCGACGAACAAUGCCGCUAUCAUCAUGAAGAUUGACAAGGACAAGCAGCUUGUUAUUCUUGAUGAAGAACAUGAGGAUAUUUCUCCUGAUGAUCUGAAGGAUGAACUCCCUGAAAGACAACCCAGAUUUGUUGUGUAUAGCUACAAGUAUGAACACAGUGAUGGGAGAGUUUCCUACCCACUCUGCUUCAUCUUCUCCAGUCCUGUGGGCUGUAAACCUGAACAGCAGAUGAUGUAUGCAGGAAGCAAAAACAAACUGGUGCAAACUGUCCAAUUGACCAAGGUGUUUGAGAUUCGGAACACGGAGGACUUGACAGAGGAGUGGCUUAGAGAGAAGUUGGGCUUCUUCGGUUAAGGUGUGGCCAUCUGGUGGCGAUCCAAUGGACUGAAAUGUCUAGAGUAGAUAUAAGAUCGCAUAGACAGCCUGUGUUGUCCAUCACCUGGGGGAGAAAACAGCAUUGCUUAAUUUUUCCUCCUCUGUGUAUCUGUCCCCAUACAAUCACGCUCUCCCCCUCAACAUGAUACCAGUUUCCUGUGUCUUUAAAAUAUUAACACUAUCACUCCUAAGAUGAACACUGCAUCCCCCCUCUUGCACAAGCAAAACUCAAGGGAAACUUAAAGGAAUUGUCAUGUAAGCGGUUGCUUUUGAGAUUAGAUUUUUUUGCUUGUUUAGUUUACAUUAUUAUAAUUUUAUAGAUUUAGAUUCUAACCACUUUUAGGUUGUCGUUUUACUUUUACCGGAAUGUUUUAAUUGUAUUUAAAUUGAGUGUUCUGGAUGGUCAAGGGGGACUAUGAUUUAGAGCCUCUGUUUAUUGUCAAGUCAAAAAGAUAAAUGGCUUAUGGGAGUUGACUGUGUACUGUAGAUACUACAAUAUUGCCUGGCUACCAGUCUGUUUGUACUAACAUUCCAUGGAUUUUACUCUGUCAUAUUUGACAAAAUGCCCGAAGAGGGAAUGUUAAUGCAAAAACUAACUGGUACCAGACAGGUUUGUUUUUCAGUCUAAUUAGCAACUUAUUUGAUUCUUCUUCAUACAUUUUCAAGAUCAAAGUGCCAUCAGGGUGGAAGCACUUUGACUGCACAAUCUCAGCCGUACAUUGAAUUUGGAUGUAAAAUGUGUCUUUGAUUAUAUGGUGUGGACUUCCUCUUUAUGCUUGGAACGGUCAGUACAAAGAAAAUACAUUCCUUUUUCACAAUAUUCACUCACCUGCUGUGUUUAGAAAACACCAAUAUGGCAACAGAGGAUGAAAAACAUCUAAUUAUCAGUCAGAUUUCUAGGUGCAUAGACUAUCCUCAUUGUACUUUUCUGGGGGGAGGGGAAUUAUGCAUAUCGACGCCCACUGUCGAUAAGCAACGUUUCAAGAACCCACAGAUAACAUCGGCCCUGAUAGUCUGGCUGUUUGUGAGGACAUUAAAGGACAGUUGGGUAUCCAUGCUAAUCUUUGUUUGGAGGAGUAACAGUGGGAUUCUUGGUGAGGUUUAACAGCCAGGUAACGGUGGCUUCCAGACAGGCAUAAUCCUACAAGGUAGACAGUGCUCAAAGUUAAUGCUCAAUAGGAAAAUAGGGUGUAAUUUGGGACAUCAUUUUUUUUAUAGUUUUGGAAUGUGUCCCACAACAGGCAGCUCACUUAUUUCCUACCAAGCUGUUCACUGAUACAUUCCUAUAGUAGUAAUGUUGUUGGUUUAAGGGUUUCCCGCACAUGGAUUUGGCCUACUCCCUGGACUCCAUGGGCUGGCUUUGCACACACCUAGAUUCACACCUAGGCUCAAUCGAGUUGUCCAAUCGAGUUCUCUUUUUGUUGCCCUAGACUAACCCUAAACUGCGUCCACAGAAUCCGGUCCCGUGACAUCUUAAUCUAUGCCAUGACAACCAGCCUUUUAUGGAUUAAGAACAUUUUAUGUGAGACCAAAAAGCAGCCUGUUUGUCAACCGUGGACAGGUGUAAAGACCACCCUGUCCUGCGCCAUGGGAGGUAACAGCCUACCACAGGUUACUUGUUGGACUUAACAAACGCCUAACUAUUAAGGAAUAUCAAUAUUCUGCACGAAUGAUGUUUUACAGUCAAAUGAGGCAGUUGAGUAGAAUCCACUUUUUACCUUUAAAUUUACAUGCACAAAAGAACUUGGAACAGGUGUACCAUGUUGCAUUUGAAGUUGUUGUGUUCCUAACAAGGUGGUGUGUUUUUUUUUUUUUCAUCAGAGUAUUCAUCUGAAGAGUCACAAACUAAAAAAAAACAAAAAAAAACUAACAAUUAGCUAUUUUCUAUGUGCCGUCUGUCUUGCCAUCUGCUGAAACUUGACGUUGAAAAGCGUAACAAGACAACAGCUAAUAAAUCACCUCAUAGUUUCUACGUUUUAACAUUCUGACGUACUGUAAGAGAUUCCUGUUUUUACUCAGAGUCGUGCAAUUAGCUAGACGUCAAUGUGAAAAGCAAAAAUGAUUAACUGCAAUGGUUUUUACCGUUUGUCCUUUUUUGAAAAUGCUUAAUAAGGUGUUCUUUAAAAAAUGAUGUGGUAAAGCUACUGUAAAUACAAUUGCAUGCUUUUAUCAAUGUGUUUGUUGAACAGUUUGUAUCAUAAGUACAAAAACAUCCUAAACAAGCCUUGAAAAUGUGUCAGUUUUUACUGCAUGUUCUUUGUUUUAAACAGUGAAUGUAUAUCCUCAAUAAUAAACUCCAAAUUUGGCUUCUGUUGACUGGUGCCAGCAGCUAGUGACAUCUUGCGUGGGUGGGUUCAAAGGGCAAGGGUCAAAUCCUGUGUUUGUGUUAAACGCUGCAGUAGUUGGACAAUGAUCAACGUGUAAUGGGAAGAACUUGUCUGUUCUAAAUGGAACCCUUAUCCCAUUAUAAUGCACUACUAAUGACCAGUCAUAUGUCAAGAGUGCACCAUGAAGGGCCCAGGCUGUUAAUCAACCCUGGAUGGAAAAUGUUAACCUUCAUUCGUUAAAGAGAUAUAGCCUUUGUGAUGAAUUUGUAGGAACGUGGCCUAUUAAGUGUUCUUGAUUACACUGAAUUGAUGUAUUUUUCAUAUGAUAGUUCUGUACCUUUUCAGAUCCACAGCUUUUAUUUUUCUUAACAAAAACACCAUUUCAAACAUAACAUGCAGCUAUCCAAUGGUGUCAGUGAAACUUGUGAAAUAUUUGUAUUUUUUGAUGCUUUAUACAGCCAUCCCAAUAAAAACAAAAGUUAAGUUUAA